UCUGGGGGAGUCUCCAGUGACUGAGCCUCUGGUACCAUACUUACGUCAGGCAAUACUUGAACAGUCUAUCCUUACCAUGGAUACCCAGUUCCAGCGUACAGAUCAAGACAGAACUGCCGUGUUGCCUGCACAUGUCCUCAGCCUGCCGCAUCCCGUCCGAAAGCUUCUUCUCACCCUCAGUUUCGAGAUUCCCAUCGGCCGACAAAAGUACCCAGCGGUCAUCUACACUGCCAAAGCUGGCAUGAGAUCUCUGCUAGCCCAACUGUCCGGCCUCCGAGCCUUGCACUUCUUCCUCAACAUCGAGCUCACGAGGCCACCGUGGGACCAUCAACCUUCGGCUUUCGAUGUGGGCUGCAGGAAAGGCUUCAGUGGGACCACUACCUUUCGACAUGCUGUUUCAGAGCUCCUCGAUGCUGCACAGACGGAGAGACCUGGUCUCGAGAUAUAUCUCGAGAUCAAAUACACCUACGAAGGCACCUGGCGUGGAACUUACAUGAAUCUGCCUCAGACUUACAAUGUCGCAAAGGGAGCCAUGACUUCCGAAGAAGUCUUGAAAGCGGCCGAAGCGAAAUGGACAGAGUGUCACUUCAGCCAAGGAUAAGUGGCAGACUUGACGAGAAUGUA